UAAAAAGAGGAAGUGUUCCGAGGUCUCGGCUUAACACUUUCCGACAGCUUUCGUCUUUGCUAACUGUGCUUGCGGCUUCUCUUUCCCUUCGGGAACCAACAUCCAGGUAGCAAGCUCGGACAGAUCCUAGAUUAAAAGAACAUGGAACCUUGUUCCUGUGACACUUUCGUGGCAUUACCUCCAGCAACAGUUGAAAACAGGAUUAUUUUUGGAAAAAAUUCAGAUAGACUCUGUGAUGAAGUACAAGAGGUAGUUUAUUUUCCUGCUGCAGCUCAUAACUUAGGAGAACAUCUUAAGUGUACUUACAUAGAAAUUGAUCAAGUUGCUGAAACAUAUGCUGUUGUCCUUAGUCGCCCAGCUUGGUUGUGGGGGGCAGAAAUGGGAGCCAAUGAGCAUGGAGUUUGUAUUGGGAAUGAAGCUGUAUGGGGAAGAGAAGCAGUUUGUGAUGAAGAGGCACUACUGGGCAUGGAUCUUGUCAGACUUGGCCUUGAAAGAGCUAAUACAGCUGAAAAUGCCCUCAAUGUCAUUGUUGAUUUAUUAGAAAAAUAUGGCCAGGGUGGAAAUUGUUCAGAGGGUAGCAUGGUAUUUAGCUAUCACAACAGUUUCCUGAUAGCUGAUAGGAAUGAAGCAUGGAUUCUGGAGACUGCAGGGAAGUACUGGGCAGCAGAGAAAGUACAAGAGGGAGUUCGUAAUAUUUCUAAUCAGCUUUCUGUAACAACCAAGAUUGAUCGGGAACAUCCAGCCAUGAGAAACCAUGCUAAGCAGAAAGGUUGGUGGGAUGGUGAAAAGGAAUUUGAUUUUGCUGCAGCAUACUCAUAUCUUGACACAGCCAGGAUGAUGACUUCAUCAGGCAGAUACUGUGAGGGCUACAAGCUUCUGAAUAAACAUAAAGGAAACAUAACUUUUGAAACAAUGAUGGAAAUUCUCCGAGAUAAACCAAGCGGCAUUAACAUGGAGGGAGAAUUCCUGACCACUGCUAGCAUGGUUUCUAUUUUACCUCAAGACUCCAGCCUUCCUUGUAUUCACUUCUUUACAGGAACCCCUGAUCCUGAGAGAUCUGUCUUUAAGCCUUUCAUAUUCGUGCCAAGUAUUUCACAACUAUUGGACACUAUUUCACCAACAUUUGAGCCUGAAGAUCCAGUUAAAACGAAGCCACAUUUUCAGAUUAAGCCUGACAGAAGACACCCACUCUACCAAAAACAUCAACAGGCUUUGGAAGUAAUAAAUAAUGAUGAGGAAAAAGCCAAAACAGUAUUGGACGACAUGAGGAGACUGGAGAAAGGACUAUUCAAAGAGAUGGAAUCAAUCCUUCAAAAUAAGCGUCUUGAUGUGGAUAAAGUUGUUAAUCUCUUUACUCAGUGUGCAAAAGAUGAAAUUAGAAUUUAUAUGUCAAAUACUAAUUCUUAGUGAUCAUGUAACUUCCUCAAAGUUAGAUUCUAUUGCAUUGGUAAAUAACGGAAACCUUGUUUUAGCAUAUCUGAUUUUUCUUUAAUACCAUUCAGGUGAUAUCUUGACUAUGAAAACUGUGCAUAUUCUUGCUCAAAUAUUGGAAAAGAAAACAACAUUGGAAUUGAAUCUAUAUAUCAUGGGAGAGCCAGGUGUUACUGUAGGUAAUGGACUUGUGUUAUUUUUCUUUUAGCCACAGUAACUUAAGUUUUUUGUCCUCAAAAUUAAAUAUUUAAUUCUGCCUAAAGAAUGAAACAUGAAAAUAAUAAAAACAUUAAAAUUAUGUUAAAUAUUAAAA